UUCAACAAGAAUUUAAUUUCUGAGCACAAGCUGUAAACCUUUCUGUCGUGUUCUUGGGUAAUGCCUCAUUAAUUCCUGGAGCGUGUUUUGCAGUGAAACGGUGCCAAAAUGGGUCCAUGAAGUUCUUCGGCCAAUAGCUGCAGAACUGGAGUUCUUUAUGCCCCAGCCUUUUGUAGGGGAAAUUCUGGGACUGUGCAAAGCACUGGGAAUAAGUCUGGGAGAUGGAGUUUUGCUGAACUUUGCCUAUGAGUCCACAGCGUUCUGUACCAGUAUUGUUGCUCAGGAUGAUAAAGGAAACAUUUACCAUGGGCGGAACCUGGAUUAUGAUUUUGUAGAUCUUUUAAGCAAGAUCACAAUUGAUGUGCAAUUUAUUAAAAGCGGGCAGAUAGCAUAUCAAGGCACUACAUUUUUUGGCUAUGUAGGUCUGUGGACUGGACAGAGCCCACACAAGUUCACAAUCUCUGGGGAUGAACGAGAGGGUGGAAGGUGGUGGGAAAAUGCCAUAGCUGCUUUCCUGAAUCGAAAUUACCCAGUCAGCUGGCUUGUUCGAGAUACUCUGAGCCGAGCGGAGGACUUUCAGUCUGCAGUUCUCAGACUAGCUAGCGUUCCCAUCAUUGCUGAAGUGUACUACAUCGUCGGAGGCGUGUCGCCCAAAGAAGGCAUGGUCAUAACAAGGAACAGAAGAGGGCCAGCAGACCUCUGGCCUCUGGAUCCCUUAGGUGGAGCGUGGUUUCGUGUGGAGACAAACUAUGACCAUUGGACUACCCCUCCUCCUUGUGACGAUCGAAGAACUCCAGCCAUCAAAGCUCUCAAUGCCACUGGGCAGCGGAAUAUUAAUUUUGAUACUCUCUUUCAGGUAUUGUCAGUGAAGCCGGUCUUAAACAAUAACACGGUGUAUACCACAGUAAUGAGCGCUGCAUUUCCAGAUAAGUACAGAACGUGGAUCAGGACUGUGACGUGAAGAUGGGACAAAAUGGGUGAAAUGCUGAAGGUUUCCAAGACCAGCACAUACUUUAAAAAGUACUCUUAAAAGUACUACAGUUGUUUUGCAUAUUAAUUACAUGAACCAUUCAGGUAAUAAUGACUUGUUAGUUCGUUGAAGUAUUACCAGAUGAUAUUGUUAACGAACAGUGGUAGAGGUUUGAUUUUAUUUUAACUACAAUUUUGCUCUAACAGAUGUUUAUGGCUACAGAGUAUUUUUACUCUGGAAAUAUUUUUGCUCUUGAAAAUAGUUAUUGUGCAAUUUGAAUGUACUGAUGUAAUUAAUAAUAAAUAAAAAGAAAAGUUUAUAUUUUUGCUUGUGCUGUAGGUCUCCAUGUAAUUAAAUAAAGACAGGCCGCUGGUUGUCUGAUUUAUGAA